AUGGACAAAGCAACUGGAGGCAACGAUGCCAAAUAUCCGAUUUUCGAGUGGACAGCAGCUGAUGCUACGGCUAGAUUCGCAAAACUCCUCCAUGGCGACCUUUGUGACGAUGAACUUCACGAACUGCAUGAUUUGUUUCUUCCCGAAACCAACCUGAUGACGCCAGAUCACAAUGCUUCAUUGGUGAGCUCUCAGUUAGCCCUUGUGGGUUCUUCUUUGGCUUUGCAAGAUGAGAAGAGCAUGGCCGAUAUGAACUCCCGCCACAGCGUACCGGUAGUUCCAGAGAACACCUGUUCUGUUUCUUCUUCAGGAGCUGUCGAGAAGACCGUUGCUGUUCUGACCGAAAGCAUCUGCUCCGGGGAUUCAGGGACAAGCCCACGAACACACCAGCAACAAAUGGAAAUUAAGGACCAGAACUGGAGUGACAACAAGAGACCUGUUGAAACAUCAUCUUUUGGGCCUGAUGUUUCGCUCUCCUUGCCGCCACCUCCAGCAAAGAGACGGCACGUAGGCAAUGGCAGUGCCAAUCCUUGCCAAAGUAACGCUGAACAGCAUAUGGAACAGGUGCCGCUACCGCUAGAUGGUAGUGCUCAGUUGUUUGGAAGAACAAUCAACUUUCCAAUUAUCCCAGCUCCCAUUGCCCCGAGGCCUUGUCUGACUACGCCAGUUUUGCCGCCGACUCCAAAGCGAGUGAAGCCGCCAACACCAAUUGCUCCCAAAGGAACGGCAGAGACAUCUAGAAAUCCAUCGGGGCCCCUGACCGAACCAAGUUUGUCGGGCUCACAUCCAAAGGCUGAUUCUUUGGCUCCGCAACCACUGAAUGCCACCAUCCCUGCCACCAAUGCUCUUCUUUCCUCGAAUGCAUUGAAAGGGAUCGCAGCACCCACCGUGAACGUGAUCCCGAAAGCUUCGCAACCACCAUCUGAUACCCCAACGAAGCAGAAACGACGCUACACUAGGCGAAGAGACAUGUCCAAAGAAGAGGCUUCAGAGAAUCAUCGAAAUCGGAACAAGCAACAUGCCAAGAACACUCGGCUUCGAAAGAAAGCAUUCGAAGAGACGUUGAAAGAAACUAUCAUCAAUUUGGUCGAGGAAAGGGAUACCAGAUUGAAUGAAAUCCGCGUCAAAGCUCAGCAAAAGCAACAAAAUCGACAGAUCCGAUUUCAGGUUAUUGAGGCAUUCCUACGGCUCCGAGGAGGUGUCACCGCUGAAGGUAUCACUGCAUCCACCAACCAGGCAGCUGGUUCGUGGGCGGCUAUCUUGGAUGAAUAUGUCACGCUUAGUCGUCCAAGUCUGGUCAACCCAGAGAAAUAUCAUGAGACCGUUCUUGAAGGUUUGAGUUCUGUCAUGUUGGAUCCCAAUGAAGCUUGCCAGUUGAUGACCGUCCUGCAGCGAGGUGAUGCAAGCUUGCAGGCCCCUCAUCCAUGGAGCAACCAGAGUUCCAUUGAUGUAGCAUACCAGUGUGACCAAAGCUCUAUGGUGAUGGAAGGCUGCACAUGCACAGUACAAUGGAAGGGAACUACUCAUGGUGCCAUGUCUACUUUGGGGCUUCCAAGAGAGCUCAACUUUGCAGGGACGCUGCGGGCCCGCUUCAACGAGGCAACGAACAAGAUUCUUUCACUUCAUCUACUGUGUGACACUGGAAACAUGCUGUACCAGCUUAAUCAGAAGUAA